AUGACAGGUCACUGGACGCAACUCCCUCGCAAUGCUAAUAUGGAGGACCUUCGAAGUGGAUAUUUGUUUCCUGAGAUAUCCAUACGUGAGUCUGAACACAUUCAAAAGAACCCAAAUGCAAGGUUGAUAAGAUUAGGAAUUGGUGACACCACACAGCCUAUACCAGACAUCAUAACAACGGCUAUGGCUGAGCAUGCAUAUGCUUUGUCAACUGCACGAGGUUAUACAGGAUAUGGCGCUGAGCAAGGCAACAUGGAUUUACGGAUGGCUAUUGCUGAAACAUUUUACAAAGGUACAGGAACGAAAGGCGAUGAGAUUUUUGUAUCUGAUGGAGCACAAUGUGACAUUUCACGUCUUCAGAUGCUUCUGGGUUCCAAUGUGACAGUGGCUGUUCAGGACCCUUCUUUUCCGGCGUAUAUCGAUACCAGUGUGAUUGUUGGUCAAUCCGGCAAGUUGGAAGAGAAAACUGGGAAGUACAGCAACAUUGUUUACAUGAACUGUGGAGCUGAGAACAAUUUUUUCCCCGACCUGUCUACUACUCCACGAACAGAUAUAAUAUUCUUCUGCUCUCCAAACAAUCCAACCGGUAGCGCUGCAUCGUGGCGGCAAUUAAAGCAACUGGUUGAUUUUGCCAAGGCAAACGGAUCCGUAAUAGUUUAUGAUUCUGCAUAUGCUGCCUAUAUAUCAGAUGAAAGCCCAAGAUCAAUAUUUGAAAUUCCUGGAGCCAAAGAGGUUGCUAUUGAAAUUUCAUCCUUUUCCAAAUUCGCUGGAUUCACGGGCGUCCGCCUCGGGUGGACAGUGGUUCCUGAAGAGCUGACAUACUCUAAUGGAUUUCCUGUCAUUAAAGAUUUUAACCGCAUUGUAUGCACCUGUUUCAAUGGUGCGUCCAAUAUUGUUCAGGCUGGAGGGCUGGCAUGUCUUUCUAAAGAUGGUAUUCAGGCUGUGGGCAAUGUGGCUGACUACUACAAAGAGAAUGCCAAAAUACUUGUCGAAGCAUUUGCAUCACUUGGAUUGAAGGCCUACGGAGGCAAAAAUGCCCCUUAUGUAUGGGUACAUUUUCCAGGGAUGAGUUCUUGGAAUGUAUUCAAUGAAAUUCUACAGAAAACACAUGUAGUGACUGUUCCAGGUAGAGGAUUUGGUCCUGGUGGUGAAGAGUAUAUCAGAGUUAGUGCGUUUGGUCAUAGAGAGAGUAUAACUGAAGCUUCAAUGAGUAGAAUGGUAGCUAUAGUCACAACAAAUUUGAGCAAAAAUGUUGUCUGCUUCAUUGAUGCCAUGGCAACUCCCGGGUAUUGUCUAGCUGAAGCAUAUGUGUUGCGAAAAUUACACAAUGAUAAAUUGAAGAGAAUGGAAGAAGAGAAAGCUAAGAUAGACGAUGAUGAGCUUGAUCUUGAAGUGAAACAACAAAUUGGCUGUUUUUUAUCCAUCUUUAAGAAAGUCCAUCCAGCCCGAGCUGUGUUGAAGGAUCGUGCCGGAAAAGAAGCUCAGAGUUUGCAUUCUUAA